AUAAUAAUAGAUAAAAGUAAUGGUAAUAGUACCAACUAUUCAAUUGUUGGCUAGUUUGUGAUAUGAUCAAUUAUAGCUAAAGAAAAGAGGUGGAAAAAGGGGAUGACUAGAUUUUUAUUUUAUGACCCUUUAUCCAUAACAGCUCACACAGGUAUUAAAUAUAUAUCACCUACUGAAAUGUCUACCAACUUUAAAAGUACCUCCAUCUCUAUUACUGCUGAUUUUGUUUGCCCUACUGUUCCAGAUUAUGAAGAAAGUAGUCAGGCCAUCACUAUUACGUCUGAUAAGUUUGAGGAAUGGUUCAAAAAAAAAAAAAAACGCGUUCACGCAUGCUAAGUGGGUAUUUAAACGACAAUAUCCUGUUACAAGCAAUCUCCAUUCACACCACCUUCUAUUUGUGUGUUCAUGUUGGUGUCGAUAAGAAGAAAGCCAAGAAUAGCACAGGUACUAUUGAUACUACUAACGUUGUAUCUUCUGUAGAUAAUAAUCAAGGUAGUAGCAGUAACGAACUAGAGGUUAUGUGUCCUAAGAAGACCUGUAUUAUUAUGAAGUCUUCUAUCAAGAUAGGUUGCACUGCCAAAAUCACUAAACAUGUCAUGACGGACGGCACAAUUCACGUUGAAUACCACUGGGAACAUCCUGAUCACUGUCCUUGGGAUAUCAAGGAAAUUACGGAUUCCCGUUUGCCUUUUGAGAUCAAACAAUGGAUAACUGAAAUGGCCAUCGAAAAUGUCGGCUGGAAAGCCAUCAAGAAGUUUUUACGUAUUGAUGACGAAUGCCUCAUUGAGAUUGAAAAGAAGAAAUCAUUCAGUAGCUUCCCUAUGUCACUUUUAAUCAAUUACCAUGAUGUAAAGAGUAUCAUCAAUGCUCACAUGAACAAGCUAUCAAGAAAAAGUUGUCGCGAUAAGCAUAAUUGUGAAAAGUGGAUGAAGUAUUCAGAAAAGAAAAAAAACUGCUUGACGCUUUUUCGUACCCAUGAAAAUGAUCCGUUCCUAAUCUUAUGGGUAUCUGAUUGGCAGAAGAAAUUCCUUGAAGAAGCUGAAGAAUGGUGUAUCGAUAGUACUCACAAAACAUGCAAGCCUAUUACGGACAGCUCCAAAGAUAGCUACCUGUUCACUAUCGUCGUUCACAACUACACCACGAACAGAGGUCUACCUGUUUGUUUUUUCAUCACUGAUAUGGAAACCAUUCCUAUUUUGCAUCAGUGGUAACCUGGAUAAAGACCAACUUCUCUUUGAACGCGAAGCGAAUUAUGAUAGAUAGUAGUUCUGCCGACAGUUGCAAUUAGAGAUGAAUUUGAAGACUCUGUUCAAAUUCUCUUGUGCCAUUGGUAUAUCUGGCGUGCAUGGGAAACCCACAUCAAGCGAGGUGAGGAUAAGCAAGUCUACUCACGACACAAAUCUGGUAAGAGAUCGUGGUUGCGCUAAUUUGAAUAGCAUGAUGUACUCAG